AUGAAUUUAAGGCAUCAAGCUAUAUUACUUCUUCUUUUAUUAGUCUAUAUCUGCUCUAGCACUGAAAAUUUAUCAAGAUCGCGCAGUGGUGUUAAAAAGGCAAAGCAACCGCUAAAAGACCCAAUCAAUUGCAAUGGUAAAGGUUGUGGAAAUAUAGAGAAGACACCUAAGCCUUACAAUUUACAAAAAAGAGAACUGAUAAGCCAAAAACGGCAAAUUGAUACCCUUUCUGAUGCCUUUCAGAGACUCGCUUUGCACACAGUUAUGCUUACUCCCCCCACCUCCGUGAGUGAACAAAAAAAUUUUUGUUCACUCACGGAGGGGGGUUAAUUUUUUUUUUUUUAAAAAACAUUUAUAUAUAAAUUUUAAAAACAAUAUUUUUUUUCGAAAUUAAAAAAAAUCUAAUUGGCAAAAAAUUGGAAAGCAAAUAUUAAUUUAAUUUAUAAAAUUUAUGUUUUAAAAAGCAAUUCGUUUGAAAUUAAACAGAAUUAGCUCUAGAUUUCAUUAUACUAAUUAUCAUUUAUAUAUCAAAAUUUUUUUUCCAUAAAAAUUUUUUCUAUUAAAAAAAUUUUUGUUCACUCACGGAAGGUAGGUUUUUGGGCAAAAAAUAGCGAUUUUUCUAAUGGUUUUGUUCACUCACGGAGGGGGGGAGUUAAUAGAAUUCCUUCUUCAAACCACAGAUAUAUAACUAUAACUCUCGCUAUGAAGUUAAUGAUUGAUCGUAAUGUGGUAAAUAUAGUGGAGACAGGAACUUCAAGGGACGGAGAAGCAAACUGUUUGGGAGACGGCUGCUCAACUGUGAUAUUUGGACAUUUUGGAUAUCUAACUAUGCCAAGUCAAUACGAAUUAAUUCAGAAUAUGAAGAAUUUAUUAUUUAUUUUGCAUUUAAAAUUGUUCAGCAUGCUAAAAUGAGAACAAUUAUUCAAGACAAUUAGGCAUAACAGAUUUUUGUGGUCAGUGGAUAUCAGUCAAGAAAAUGUAGAUCAUGCUAUUCAAGGUAUACAAAUGUUUGGUGAAAACUCUAAAGUUAUUACCAGCGACUCUAUUGCUUUCUUAGAAAGCUACCCGUUUCCAAUUGAUUUUUUAUAUUUAGAUAGCUAUGAUUUUGACGCUAAUAACCCAAAUCCAUCCCAGGAGCAUCAUCUAAAAGAAAUAAAAGCUUCAUAUAAAAAUUUGCAUCAAAAUACAAUAGUGAUGAUUGAUGACUGCAGACUUCCCCAUGGUGGAAAAUGCAAAUUAGUGACUGAAUUCUUAUUAAGUAAUGGUUGGAAACUUAUUGUCAACGAAUACCAACAAAUUUUUGUGCACAGCUCGAGUUUAGAAAACUAA